UUCUCAUCAUCAAACACCCACCACCACCCCUCUCUCUCUCUCUAAAGUCUAAUCUAAAAUGGCUUCUUCUUCAUCACUCUUCAUUCUCUUCACCGUCACUGUACAAUGUCUAAUUCUAGCAUUGGCACCCCAAACUCAAGCUCAACCUCCAACUGCACCAGCUGGUCCAAUCAAUCUGACACAAAUCCUUGAAAAAGGCGGUCAGUUCACAACAUUCAUGCGUUUAUUGAACUCGACACAGGUUUCAAGCCAAGUUAAUAGCCAAAUCAAAACUUCGAGUGAAGGUAUGACUAUUUUUGCACCCAGUGAUAAUGCUUUCAAUAACUUGAAGCCAGGAACCCUGAAUGGACUCUCUCUUCAAGAACAAAUUGAACUCGUUCUUUACCAUGUUUUACCAAAGUAUUAUAGUAUGGUCAAUUUUCAGACUGUUUCUAACCCUGUUAGAACUCAAGCUUCUGAUCAAGGUGGUAAACCCUUUGGUCUUAACUUCACUACUACUUCAAAUCAAGUUAAUAUCUCUACCGGUAUCGUUGCAACUCAACUCAACAAUGCUCUUAGACAAGAAUUUCCAUUAGGUGUUUAUCAAGUUGAUCAAGUUUUAUUGCCAAAUGAAUUGUUUGGUCCUAAAACUCCUUCAGCUACAUCACCAUCGUCAGAGGACCCUGCUGAUGCAAAAGCUCCUGGUACUAAGUCUGGUGGAAAAGGUGAUAAUUCGGGGUCGAAUAAUAUUGGGUUCAGCAUGAUUUUUGGAUUUGGUUUGGUUCUUAUGGGUAUUAUUUUCUAAUGAUGUAAUUAUGGAAUUGGUCUUGCUUGUGUAUUUAUUGUUAUAUAUUGAUUCUUUGUAUUUUUACUUUGAGAUCAAUCCUGUUAUAUGGUUCAGUCAUCUGUAACUAUAUAUGUCAUUUGUGAAUGAAUAUUCUUUUAGUUGAUGAUUAAUC